AUGGAUGUGGACCAACCCUUCGCUCCAGAGGCGGUCGAGGGACCUUAUGUUACAGCUCAAGGAACAAGUGCACCCAACCGUCUGUCUGGUCCUGAGGACGGUGAAGGGGAGACCAACGGUAGGUGGAGAUCAGCGUCAUCAUUGGCUCGCCAGAUGGAUAAAAUGGUGGACUCCUUCGACCGGGAAGUUAACCUACAGGAAGGGCAGGGGAGGCAAGACCGAAAACUAGCUAUUGCUCGCCAUAUAAGGAAAAGAAGUGGCAGGUCUGAGUUCAUUAUAGCACAAAACUCCAAAGGAAUAUUUUACAGUUCAGACGAAAGCUUUUUGGGAACCAUAACUUCAAAUCUGAUGGGAUCGAAGUACCAAAUAUGGCACCAGGGAAGGAAGCUUGAUUCCAUGAAAUCUCAAUCUUAUCUUAUGGGCGUUGCUGAGUUCGUACCCACCAUCACCACACUUGCAGGCAAUUUCAGAAGAAUGAGAGUGUACAUACCCAAACAAAAUCCAAUACAAACUAAAACCACAAACAAAACAACACAGAUUCAAGAAAUCAUUGGUCUUCCUAAAUACUGGGAAGAGAAGAAAAACAUAGCUGACCAACUAUUCUCCAGGGUGCCAUACUAUAACAAUAUAACUAAGAGAUAUGAACUAGACUUCAGACAGGGAGCUGGAAAAACAGGUUCUCAGAUUCAAACAUCAGCUAAGAACUUUCAGCUGACGAUGGAGCACGGAAGGCAGACAAUUCUGCAGCUAGGGAGAGUUGAAAAAUCUAAUUAUAUGAUGGAUUACAGGUAA